UGAGAGGAGAGAGAAAAAGGGUAAAGUUGUGUUUUUUGGGUUAGAGGAAAGUAACGUGAAUUGUUUCCCCAAUUUUUUUUUUACCGGAAACAAAGUGGUGGAAUGGGUUACCACCAAGAAACGGUAUUUGUUACUUUACUCCUUAACCAAACACAUUUUAACGAAAACGGUAACUUAAUUCCGUUUCCACACCCCUAUAAAAAAACCCAUAUCAAACACCCCCUCAACCCGACUUUACUCGGCCGAACUCGAUCCAAUCACCCAAAAGUAAUACCGCCUUCGGUGGAGGAGGGAGUACACAAUUAGGCGAUUUUCCGCCAAUUUCCACAUUCUCACAAAUUUCAUAUUUUUGGCCCUUUGGAGCUUUUUUACUUUUAUUCCGCUGCACCUCACUCUCUGUCACUCCUCCAUUGAAGCGUAUUCCCAGACCUCCAUUGAAGCGGCUUCUGAGCAUUCUCUCCUCCAUUGAAGCAGCUUCUGAGCUAAUAUGUUGCAGGAUUUUGCUAAAAUGGCUCAGGGACGAGCCUAUUCGAAAGUUGGAAUGGAGGUUCCUUUUAUUAACAGUGAUUCAAUCAAGUGGGUUGAGGCGUCUGUCCCCGAUUGUCAUGCUUCUUCUUCGAGUUCUCGGUCUAUUGCUCCACCUACCGAAGAUUGUGCUUCAUGUUCUGUUAUUGGGAGUCCUCCAACUUACCUCGUUUGGCGUAUGUGUCGGAGAUUGCCACAUGCUAUUGAAAUAUUAGAGCUUAAUGCUGAUAAAGACAUCCCAAGGGCUGGGUUGCGCAUCUUGUUCCCUGAGGCAUUGUCCCCGUUUGCUUAUAUUUGCGAGAAUGAGAUAAAUUCGGCUUAUGGCAAUGUUUAUCUUCUGUAUGUGUUAUCUGUCUCGGGCAUUGCUUACUCUCUCCAACUCAAAAGUGUCUCUGCUUAUGCUGCUUCUUUUAUUUUCUCAUCCAAUGAGAUUCUACACUUUGAUACAAAUGUCUCCCCUGAUUGCUCACCCAUAACUUCUGCCACUGCUACAAUCGGUUGUUUUAUUAUUGGGAGAGAUGAUGGUUCAGUCAUUUGUUUCAAACUUGGUGUACUUGAUGAAAAUGCUCCAGGUUUCAUGUAUGAGUUGCGUGAUGAGGCAGCUUUAAGUCGCUUGUGGGGUCUAAUGUCCAGAAGCAGAUUAGCUGGGUCUGUGAAGGAUUUGGUGGUCUCAGAUAUUCAUGGCAGAAAGGUUGUGUUUGUGCUCCAUUCUGAUGGAAGUCUACAAGUUUGGGAUCUUCUCCGUCAUAGCAAGCUUUUUAGUCAAUCUUUAAGUAGUCCAGGAACUGUUUUCUCUCGGCUAUGGGUUGGACCUGUAGAUGUUGAUGCAAAUGCAAUUCCUCUGGCAAUCAUGUACACACACUCCAUGGGAGUGAACACACAGGGACUUGGUAUCUGUAAUCUCAAUUUUUCCCCUGGAGAAAAGUACAUUUUGUCCAUUGGUUCAUCGAUGCAGUAUAUCCCUUUUGCUCAGGGGAAGGUGUUUGAUGUAAAAUUUUCACUGAGCAAGAUAUGGGUUCUAAUGGAAGAUGCACUGCUGCAACAUGACUUUGUUUCUCUAAAUGUUGAUACGGAAAAAGGACAAUGUUACUCCCUGCAGGAAGCUUUCAUUGCAGAGCAAUUGUUCCAGAGUUGUGAGCGUUCUCUAGACGAUCUUUACCAAACCACUUGCUCAAUCUUUUCAUCGUCAAAGACACAAAUCAUUGGAUUUGUUUCAUCUAUAAUAUUACGCAGGCUGCUACAUCCAGGAGUGUAUAGUAGCAAUGUUUUGCGUUUAACAUUAGAAGAUUAUGACAAGUGCUGGACAGAUUAUGAAUUUCAGGCAUUGACCAUUGAUGAAUUGAGCAGGGAAAUCCUGUUGCUUAUUGAACAUGAGGCCAUCAAUGGAAGUUCAUUUUCAGCCUUUAAAUGUUGGAAAGAAUUUUGUUUACGGUACUUCGAUCGAUGGUGCAAAAGCAAUACACCGUUCAAUUUGCUUGUUGAUUCAAUAAGUGGAGCUGUUGGAGUGAUAAGAGAAAACACUGUAUCUCUAUUUCGUUCCUUAGAGGAUAUUGAGUUGCUUGUAUAUGGCACUUUUGAAGAGCUCGAAGAUUUUCCUAAGUUUGGGGUUGAUUCGUCUAACUAUGGUCUCGAGCGUGAGAUACUAUUUGAAGUGCUUCGCAGCUCUAGGCGUAUAGGCCGAAGAUUAGGCCCAAUCAUCUCACCUAUUGUUUAUGAAUCAGUUGUCGGCGAAUCAAUGUCCUCUUCUGAGGAUGUAGUGACUCGCUUGCUGAGUACUGUGAAAUGUGGUUAUAGCGCAUCUGUUGUGGCAUCAGUAUCGGAUCUUGGAGCUGAUUUUAUUUGGAAAGAGGAACUUUUGGAGCAUAAAACUUUGAGGAAAUUCACCAUGGAUACUUUAAUAUCCAUUCACGGUUUGUGCAAGAAAGCCAAUGGAUGGGGUGGCGUAUUGAAUGUCAUUGAGAGCUAUUUGAAUCUUUUAGUACCUCGAAAGCCCACAGAAAGUCUGAAUUCAGAUAUGAUGUUGAGUGCCAACAUAUCCAUCAUGAUUCAGGCCACCUCACAAGUUGCUGAAAUGAUGUUCGAGUCUGCAUUGAAUGUGCUUUUAUUUUUAAGCUAUAUUUUGGACAUCAGUGCCCAGGUUCAUAUGAAACCUGAUGAUAUUUCUAGAAUCCAGCUUGAACUUAUUCCUAUGAUUCAUGAAACAAUAGCUGAGUGGCUUAUCAUCCAUUUUCUGGCUACUAUGCCAUCAGAAUCUCAUUCAGCAGAAGAUUUCAGCUCUCAAUUAUCAUCGUUAAAUAUAGAUAGUGAUAAUGGUAAAGGAUCAUGGAUUGCAAAGCUUGGUUCAAUUGACUUCACCUUGGCUUUUAUUCUGGUAUUGGAUGGACAGGGUUCAUCCGAAGGGUGGAGUUAUCAGUCUUUAAGUUGUCUUCCUAAUCCAGGCAGCUUCAUUAAUUUAGUUAAACAUUUCAGUGGUUGGCUAGUUUGGGGCAUGUCUAGUGAACCUCCUUUAUAUAUUUUUGGGCAUUCAACUGAGAUUGCUCUUAGCCUACUGAGACAUGGCCAGUAUAAUGCUGUUCAGAAUUUGCUUAAGAUUGUGGACGCACAUUUGAGGAAUGAGAAGUUGUCUGGAAGCAUUCAAAAUAGUGAUGGUCAGUGGUGUGUACUUCAUCAUCUUCGAGGAUGUUCACUUCUUGCUCAGGCUCAAAGGGUACCAUGUGGACCUUCAAAGGAGAAAAAAGUUAGUGAAGCCAUGAGAUGCUUCUUUAGGGCUUCAUCUGGAGAAGGGGCUGCCCAAGCACUGCAGAAAUUGUCAGCUGAGGCUGGACUAUCACAUUUGGAAUUUUCCAAAUUUGCCUCUGCUGCUGCAUGGAAGCUUCAUUAUUAUCAAUGGGUUAUGCAGAAAUUUGAGCAAUAUACCAUCAGUGAUGUUGCUUCUCAGUUUGCUUUGGCCGCCCUUGAGCAGGUGGAUGAAGCUGUUGAAACUGAUGGUAAUACUUCUAAGCUCUCUUUCUCUGACGAAUCAACAACUUCUAUUAAGGGGAGGCUCUGGGCAAAUGUUUUCAAGUUUGCCUUGGACCUUGAUCAAUACUAUGAUGCAUAUUGUGCACUAGUUUCAAAUCCAGAUGAUGAGAACAGAUUUAUUUGCUUAAGGCGGUUCAUAAUAGUUCUUUAUGAACGUGGUGCAACAAAGAUUCUUUGUGACAGCCAUCUUCCCUUUAUUGGAUUAAAUGACAAGGCUGAGCAGGAGUUAGCUUGGAAGGCAGCAUGUUCAGAUAUUUCAGCAAGGCCAAACCCUUACAAAUUACUGUAUGCCUUUGAGAUGCAUCAACAAAAUUGGCGAAAAGCAGCAACAUACAUAUAUAUGUAUUCAGUUCAGUUGAAAAAUGAACUAACUCUGAGAAGUCACCAGAAUACUUCUCUUGCUCUUCAAGAAAGGCUGAACGGAAUUUCUGCUGCUAUCAAUUGCCUUCACCUUGUUCACCCUAUGUAUGCCUGGAUUGACUCUCGGAUGGGUGGAUGUCAUUUGCACAGUGUGUCUCAUCCAACUAAAAAGGCUAGAACUAUGGAAGAACAACCAGGUGGUGUUGAUGACUCAGCUCAAAGACAGGAGUUGUAUAUUAGUAUUGAAAAACUUGAAGACGAGUUUGUGGUGACAUCUGCAGAAUAUUUGCUUUCCCUUGCAAAUGUUAAAUGGACGCAUACUAGAAAUGAAAAAUAUCCAUCAGAUCUCAUGGACCUUUUAGUUGAGUCAAAUUUGUAUGAUAUGGCAUUCACAAUAGUGACACGGUUUUGGAAGGAUUCUGGAUUGAAGAGGGAACUUGAAAGAGUCUUCUCUGCUAUGGCCCUGAAAUGCUGCCCAAAUAAAGCCAGUUCUCCAAUGGUUGGAUCACCUGGGCUGUUAUUAACAUAUACAAAGGAUGAAUUGAUGAUGGAAGAACCAUUUAAUGUGGGCUCUCAAUCGGUACUUACAAAGAGAAAUCAGUGGGAAGCGCUUGAGCAGUAUCUUGAGAAAUACAAAGAAUUUCAUGGAAGACUACCUGUAGUAGUUGCAGAAACUAUCCUCCGCUCUGAUUCUCAGAUUGAACUGCCUCUUUGGUUAGUUAACAUGUUCAAGGGUGCACGUAGGGAAAGUAGGGGCAUGACUGGCCAAGAAUCAAAUCCUGCAACUCUUUUCAGGUUAUAUGUUGAUUAUGGACGAUAUCCGGAGGCCACAGAACUUUUGAUUGAAUACAUAGAGGCCUAUGCUUUAGUGCGACCAGCUGGCAUAGUAUAUAGGAAAAGACCCUUUGCAACUUGGUUCCCUUACACAGCAAUUGAACGCCUGUGGUGUCACCUUGAAGAGUCAAUACGUGUAGGUCACAUGACUGAUAAGUGUGAAAAAUUAAAAGUUCUUUUGCAUGGAGCCUUACGGAGCCAUCUCAUACUGUUGAAAACCGACUCGGAGGAUACUAUUUCUUCUGAUCUUUGAGAAAUAUCAUUUGCAUUUGACUUGAUAUGGCAUAAUAUAACAUCAUGUCCAGAGUUGGGCAUCCUUUAACAAUUAUUCCCAUGAGAAAAGGUGCCUUUUUUUGGUCGCAGAAGCUGCUUUCACAGUAUUGAUUUAAUGAUCGUGGAUUGAGUUCAAUGAAACCUGUACAUGUUAAGAAACCAGCACUCUGCAGCAUAUACAUUAUCAAUGUAGAAUCUGGGCAAUCACAAGGAGCUGAGCACAAAAGAAGCAAUAUCAAGCUGUGUAAUCUUGGAGAAAGUGCGUUCCUUAAGCCUCAGUAGGGAAAGACUUGUGGACCUAGCCUGAUUGCAAGCAUGGCAUGCAUCCUGUGUCUUGGCAGUCAGUAGAAGCAUGGUUUAGCAGCUGGAUUGCCUGGAGAAAUUAGCUGUGUAAAUGCAAUUAGCAUAUAGCAACUGCCAGCAUGUGCAGUCAUUAGGAGAUUUCAUAUAUGUUCACUGCUGACCUCUGCUGAGAUUUUUUUUUUUCAUCGCGGCUCAAAUGUAUAUUCUGUUAGUAGAAAUCAGAAGGUAUAUGUUAACGUUAAUUAUUCCUGGUUAGGAGUGCAUUACUACUAAUUAGCAUUCAUCAAUAGCCAGCUAAAAAAUGUGCUUUUCCUGAUU